CCAGCAUGUGACGUGCGUAGAAAAAUAGGUAAACAAUUGAGAUUUGGAUGGUAGUUUGACUGUGAUGGUGCUCAGACAAUUGAAUGGCCCAAUCCCUCCCGCCGCUCCGGGACAUCUGCUUUCCCGCCAGCCCAGACCCGUUCAAGCCGACCUAGCUCCCAAUUGAUCGGUUCCCGCCUCGUGACGAAUUGCCGCAGGGGCGUUGCUAGAACCCUGCGGGCAACCCCGUCAGCAUUCGUCUCUUUAGACUUUGCGCUUCGCGCGCGCGGUCGCCAUGGGCUUCGAGUCGUUCUCCAAGAAGCUCACCAAGGCCACCCGGGCCACCCAGCAGUACAUCACUAAGAAAUGGGAAGAGCGCAAGGAGAACCGCGCACCGGAGGAAGACCCCGAGGCUGCGGCCAGGGCCGAGGCCGAGCGCGCCCUGGCCCGCGAGCGCAACGAGUUCCUGGCCCCCAUCGCGGCGCGCCUCGAGCAGAGCAGCAGCGCGGACGCCGCCUCGGCCGACCCGGGCGCCGGCGUUAGCGAGAUGGAGCAGCCGCUGGCCUUCACGCGCGACACGACCCACCGGGCCGUCCUGCUCGUCACGACGCCCAUCGAGUUCGGCCCCGUCGAGCUGACCAAGCAGUCGUACCGCCUGCUGGCCCGCCACGUCGGCAUGAGCAUGAACAGCAUCUGCCACUGGGCUCUGUGCGUCAUCGACCGCGGCGUCGGCCGGUCCUUCUCGUAUGACCUGAUGAGCGACCGCCUCGAGCUCAACAUGAUCGGCAAGAACGUCUUCCGCGUCAACGAGGUCACGCCCGAGUUCGUCCAGACGUGGAGCGGCGCCUACUACGUCGGCGAGACCACAAAGAGCCACGAGGAGAUCCAGUCGCUCGGCGAGAAGCACAUGAGCCUCAACCCAAAGUACAGCCUGCUCGAGAGCAACUGCCAGCACCUGGCCGAGACCCUCGUGCGCGAGCUGUGCGAUGGCGGCCGCCUCAUCAGCCAGCACAAGCUCGACGAGGAGCUCAGGCUGAUCUCGCCCAAGAUGGCCAUGGAUAUAAUGAUGGCCAAGCUGCAGAGUAAGCUUGACGAUCCCGGCCAGGGCGAGGAGAGCGAUUCGGUCAAGCGAGACGUCGACGUGCUCGGUUCUUUGUGGUCCAAGGUGAAGAAGCAUCGCUAGGAACGUGGCGGCCGCCAAUCUCCUGCCCAGCGGAUAGCCCUUUGCAUCGGCGUAUCAAGGGGUUUCUACCCUGGCGUGGCCCCGUUGAGGUUGCUCUAUUUCUCUCGAGUAGACAUUUGUCAAUUAGUGAUACUUGUUUAGACCACACGGUGCCAAUCAGGCAUCCUCUUCUGACGUAGGCAUUCCAUAAUCCAUCACCACGACAGUUAUCGAGUCAGCUGGAUUGGCUCAUCCCCGUCCGUGACGCCUGCU